AGCCCUGUCCCUCUAUAAAAAGGCAAAGAGUAGCCCAGGAGCCAUCACGGACUCAGAGGAGACAGUCUCUGAGUAACGCUCCUGCAACACCUGGCUGCCAAGCUCAGGAGAGAAGGAUGAAGUUCGCUCUCCAUGCCGCGCUGUCCUUGGGGAUAUUGGUGCUCUGUCUUGCUGACCCUCCAGCCCAAAGUCCCGUCCGAUGGUGCACAAUAUCUGAUCCAGAGCAGAAGAAAUGUGUGGAACUGAAGACAAAAAUGUCCUCAACCCCUUCAUUAGACUGUGUGAAGAAAACAACUUACUCUGACUGCAUAAAAGCCAUUGCGGAGAAUGAAGCAGAUGCCAUUAGUCUGGAUGGUGGCCACAUUUUCGAAGCACACCUUGCCCCGUAUAAUCUGAAGCCUGUUGUGGCUGAGGUCCAUGGCACAGGAAAAGAUGCGGCCACCAGCUACUAUGCUGUGGCCGUGGUGAAGAAAGGAACCGGCUUCACAAUAAGGGAACUUAAAGGGAAGAAAUCCUGCCACACAGGGUUGGACAGGUCUGCUGGCUGGGUCAUUCCCAUUGGGACCCUCUUGUACCAUCAAACCCUAUCCUGGGAUAGAGCCACUCCCAUAACCCACGCUGUGGCCCAGUUUUUCUCAGCCAGCUGCGUCCCUGGUGCCCCCGCAAAUGAACCAAAUCUGUGCCGCUUAUGCCUUGGGACAGGUGCUCAGAAAUGUUCCCGUACUGGGCCUUAUUCUGGCUAUUCUGGAGCCUUUCAGUGUCUGAAAGAUGGAGCUGGAGAUGUAGCUUUUGUCAAACACACAACUGUUCUAGAAAAUGACCCAAGUGAGAAAGACAAGUAUGAGCUGCUGUGUGAAGAUGGUUCCCGGAAGCCUGUAGAUAAGUAUCAUGAGUGUCAUUGGGCCAAAGUUGCUGCUCAUGCUGUUGUGACUCGAAGCGUUGAUGGCCGGGCUGAUGAGAUCUGGAGCUUCCUCUCUCAGGCGGAGGCAAAGUAUGGCAAGAACUCAAAAGAGAGCUUCAAACUCUUCAGCUCUCCUUAUGGGAAAGAUCUGCUUUUUAAGGAUUCUGCUACCAAUUUUAUCCGUGUCCCUCGACUGAUGGAUGCCCAAUUCUACCUGGGCUACCAGUACUGGGCUGCUAUUCAGAGUCUCAGGCCAGUUGCUUCCCGAGAAACUCCUGAAGCCCCUUUGAAGGUGAAGUGGUGCACAGUAAGUAAGGAUGAAAAGGCCAAGUGUGAUGAAUGGAGUGCAGUGAGCGGAGGCAGCCUGGACUGUGCAGUGGCAGAAACCACAGAGGACUGCAUUGCCAAGAUAACGAAAGGUGAUGCGGAUGCCAUAAGCUUGGAUGGAGGUUAUGUCUACACGGCUGGUACAUGUGGUUUGGUGCCAAUCAUGGGAGAAUACUACGGGGAUGACGUUACACGAUGCCAGAAUGAAGGAGCACCUGGAGAAACUUAUUACGCUGUGGCUGUGGUGAAGAAAUCCAACCCCAGUAUCACCUGGAAGAACCUGCGUGAUAAGAAGUCUUGUCAUACAGCUGUUGGGAGAACUGCUGGCUGGAAUGUCCCCAUGGGCUUGAUUCACAAUGAAACCGGGAGCUGCGACUUUGAUAAGUUCUUCAGUAAAGGCUGUGCUCCUGGAUCUCCACUUACCUCACCACUCUGCGAGUUGUGUGUGGGCUCAGGCAGCAGCCUCCCACCAAAUUACAUAUGUGCCGCCAACAGCAAUGAGAGAUACUACGGAUACAGCGGGGCCUUCCGGUGCCUGGUUGAGAAGGGAGACGUGGCCUUUGUUAAGCACACAAUUGUCAGUGAGAACACCGAUGGACAUAAUAAUGCUGACUGGGCAAAGGAGCUGAGAAGUGACCAAUUCGAGUUGCUGUGCCGGGAUGGAAAUCGCGCCCGUCCUGAAGAAUACAAGAAAUGCCACCUGGCUCUAGUUCCUGCCCAUGCUGUGGUCACACGUCCAGACAGAGCAACUGCUGUCCGUGAGAUGCUGAUAAACCAACAGGCAUUGUAUGGAAGCCGUGGAUCUCAGAAAGCUAUCUUCCAGAUGUUUCAGUCUGAAACCAAGGACCUUUUAUUCAAGGAUUCCACCACGUGCCUGAUUCAACUCUCCAGAGGAACAACCUAUGAGCAGUACCUGGGAAAAGACUACUUUGAUUCUAUCUCUAGUCUCAAUAAGUGCUCACCAUCAGAACUCCUCCAGGUCUGCAGCUUCAGCCCCGCCUACUGGCCAGGCCAGAAGCUGGAUCUGGGCCGUGGCCACGACUGGGGACACGUGGCUAUCAGCGCGGGGCAGGGGAUGGCGUCGGAGGGCGACCAGCGAAGCGGGCUGCAGCCCUACCUGGACUCGCUGCGGCAGGAGCUGCAAGUGCCGGACUCGACCCUGCUCUCGGUGCUGCUGGCGCUGCUGGCCGUGGCCCUGACCCUGCUGAUUUGGAAACUUAUCCGGGGCAGGAAGAGCAGCCGGAGAACGGUGCUUCUGGUAGGCCUUUGUGACUCAGGAAAAACACUGCUGUUUGUCCGACUGUUAACAGGCACUUACCGAAACACCCAGACCUCCAUAACUGAUAGCUCUGCUGUUUACAGAGUCAGUAAUGACAAGGGCUCUAGUGUGACGCUGAUUGACCUCCCAGGCCAUGAGAGCUUGCGACUUCAGUUCUUGGAGAAGUUCAAAGCUACAGCUAGAGCGAUCGUGUUUGUCGUGGACAGCGUAGCGUUCCAGCGGGAGGUGAAGGAUGUGGCAGAGUUCCUGUACCAGGUCCUGACUGACUGCACUGUGCUGAAAAACGCUCUGCCACUGCUGAUAGCCUGCAACAAGCAAGAUAUCACGAUGGCAAAAUCGGCCAAGCUUAUUCAGCAGCAGCUGGAGAAAGAACUCAACACCUUACGAGUGACUCGCUCAGCUGCCCCCAGCACCUUGGACGGCUCAACUUCCAGUGGGACUGCUCAGCUGGGGAAGAAGGGCAAGGAGUUUGACUUCUCACAGCUGCCCAUGAAGGUGGAGCUGGUGGAGUGCAGCGCCAGAGGCAGCAAGGCAGAGGAAGGCAGUGCUGACAUCGAGGACUUGGAGAAAUGGCUGGCCAGGAUUGCCUGAAAGCAGGCGGGGAGGAGGGAGGCGGAAACUAAUGAUAAAGGCAUUUGGCAUCUGAUAUGGAAGUACUGAUGGGAAGGGGUGGGGCCCAAAAUGUAAUCUUGCUAUGGAAAGAACUUCAGGCAUGCGCCGGCAGUAAAUGCACUGUUACUUGCACUGGGCUGGGUUUUAAUCAACCUAUGAACAUAUUUGCCACUGUGAUUUCCGCCAACUGGAGCUCUUCCUGUUUCUAUCCCAUGCUCCCCUCUGGGAAGCUGCCUCUAGUGCUUGAGCUGCAGAGGGUUUAGAGUGGGGUUUCAGUUGGUGUAAGGAGCCUCUGGUUGUCCCAGGCAGCCUCCAAACGGAUGGGAGGGUUAUGUUUGGCUAGCAGAAAUUAUUUCAAGAUUGGACUGCUUUACCUUGGCAUCUCGGCCCUGGUGCCCAUGGUCCUUACUAACCUCCCCGCUCAUGGCGUCUGAUUUCUUCUCCCAUUCCUGUCCUCUGUGAAUCGGGCACAGUGAGUUUGAUCUUUGUGCUGCCACAGCUAAAAUGUCCAAUUGCGCAUGCUACCGGGAAAUCCCUGCCUGCUAUGGAAUGUACUAACGCUGCUUUCACAGGGGUUGGCCAGCCUCCCCCUACUCCCCUCUUCCCACCUCCCUUUCAAAAGGAACACACAGCCAGAUUGUCAGAUGUGCUCAGCACCCAUGUAAGCACCUAUAUGGAAGUGACCAGAUUGUCAGACAUGCAUAGUAGGGGCUGGAGAGUGCUGAGCAUUUCUCAAGAUCUGGCCACUUCCGUGUGGGUGCCUAAGUUGGUGCUGAACUCUUGGAAAAUCUGACCCAGAUAGUAAAGGUGAUUGAUGAUCAUUGUGUAAAUGGGGGCUGCUGUUCUGUUUGGCUCCAGUCCAGUCUUUGGUGCUGAUUUGCUUCUGCAGAGCACACAGUGCUAAGGAAGCUUAUGCAUUCUUGUACAUGACUUCUCAGGAGUGGUGUACAGUUUUAUAAUGUGAUCUUCAUAAAUGCACAAAACAGUAUUUGUCACAAAAAUGGUUGGUCUAGGUUAAACUACUGGGAGGCCUGUAUGCCUGGGUGUGAAUAUAACUCACUUCUCCUUCCCGGGGCUCCAGCCUGAGUGUUGGAUUCACCUCUCUCCACGCAGACAUGCCCCGCUUUCGGCUCCGUUUUUUCUUGAGACAGGACAGCAGCUUGCUGGUGCUCAGGUUGUGCUCUGGAGCCACCUGUGCCUUUAGCAUCAGGAGUGCAGCACCCAUACGGAGGGAACGGAAACCAGAGCAGUCGGAAGUGAAUCUGACUAGCUAGAUGGUGUCUCUCAUAUAGAGGCUUGGCUGCUUAUCUUAUGUGAUGGUGCCCCUAAUCUCCUGGUGAAAUUCUGGCUCCUUUGAAGUCAGUGGGAGCUUUGCCAUUGACUUCAUUGGCCAGGAGUUCACCCUUGAUCUUUAACUGGGGCGGGGUCUAGAGUUACAGCUGAAUUUAGCAGACUCACAACGAAUAUGUAUUAAAACCCCAUUCAGGUGCGUGUUUCGCCUGUUUUCUGUCUCCCGGACUUUCAGUUAGGCCCUCCUCCUGCAAACGUGCACGUAUGGGCUCACUCAGUUCAGCACAUUAGUAAGAGGUUUGAAGAACAGAACUGUCCCCAUGUGGGAUCUGCAUGCGCCUCUGACUCAGUGAUGUCGUAAGCAGAGUUUGACAUCAGAAUUGUCCUAGAAUGAAUUGUGUUGUCACUUCAGUUGGACGAGGCUGUAAAAAGGAGGUAGAGGUUGACUUUUAAAGGCGUUUUUUCUUGUUUACAGAUAAAGUCAGUGAUUGUCAUAGGAGCCAGGAAUAGCUUCACAGAGGGCCUAAGAAGAUCAGUUUACUGACAUGAAUGGGAGCAGUCGUUGCAGUUUAGGUGUUUCUGAUGAAGGUUCUUGAUGACAAGAGAAAGCAUUGGAAGUUUCCCAGUUCUUGUUACAUGUUUGUCUCAUGUAAUGUUUAAAGCCAAGAGAUCUGUUGUGGUUUCCAGAUGCGGUGCCCUGUUGUGUGUUACACGUAUUAUGCUUAAUUUUGCAAAGGAACAAUUCUGUAGCAGUCUACUUCUUCCUGCAGAUGUACUGAGCCCAUUGGGGUCUAGUCCAGGACCUGUCGGAGUCUGACUUUAGCACAUGUUGGAUCAGGUCUAAGAGCUCUUUCCAAAGGUGGAAAGAAUGAACUGACUGAUCUUGGGAGAGAUUCCACAAACAAGCCUGCAGGGUGUUAGCAGCAGAAGCUGGUGGAGGGUGGCAAACUGUCGUUGGUUGCAAUGCUGCUGUGUCUUAAUGGGCUGGCUGAGGAGAUAACACAUCCUCUUGGUAACCAUUGGAAAAGGUCACCAAGAGGAUUUCUUGACUCCCAAUGGGGGCUCUGGCAGUGAGCAUUGUCUGUGCCUCCAGCGGAGCUCACUGCAGGCUCAGCUGGGGGGAAUCCUUUGUGAUGCUGGAUUGUUCAUCUUACCUCUGCUUCCUUAAUAGGAACCUUCUCUGCAAAGAGGUGCUCACUGACCAGAGGCCUCCUGCUGCUAAUAGGUUUGUGGUCUGCUGACAAUUGCCUCCGUACUGUAUCUGCUGAAGAAAGCAGCUGCUGGUACUCAGGAAAUGCCGUCCCUGGGUUUUUUUGUGGCGGAAUUUGGCAUUAUCUCUGUGGCAGCCACUCUCCUGGUCUAGAGGGUGGGAGGGAGGUGGUGGCUGGUCCUCUGCUUGGCUAUGUUGGUAAGAAUUCAGUAUUUGAACUUUGCUCCUGGCAAAUCUUGUUCCCUCCCCUACUUUCAGCCUGAUGCACUCUGUGGGCCCCUUCUUGCCAUGUCAAGCAAUACACCACAGCGUAUCUUCUGUCAAAGGUUACAUUCUGUAUCCACAUAUUCUUCUCUCUGACGUCGGUACGCUCUGCUCUCCUUAGCACUAACGGGUGUAUAAAGCUAUACAACAAGAACAGAUUGACUUGUGCUACUCCCAUCAAUUGGAGAAAGGUGUUUUGUUUGCAAACAGCAUAUUUUCUUGAAGAGAAGUGAAUGUCUGAGCUGGGCUUUGCAUCCAAAACUGCCGAACCUUAAUGAGAUGAAUCCUCUCUUAAAACUGUGUGACCAGCCCUGUUCAUUGCAGCAGCAGUUGGGCGGAUUAAAUAUACUGCUAACACUUGGUGUCAGUGGAGGAGUGAGGGGGUGGCAUGCUGAACUGCCCCUCCUUUGCUUCCCCUCCCCACCCCCCCAGCCCAGACACCACCUACCCCUUCCCACGGCUCCCUCUUUGAGUUGGGAAUGCUAAGACAGUACACUUUCCAAUGCCUCUUUGGGAGAUAGGUCCUUCCCAGGCUGCUCUGAUUUAAAAACCUGUCUUUCGGCUGAGAGAGAAGCCAACCUGGAUGCUCAGGUCGCAAGCCGAAGGGCUCACUAGCCAAAUGAUUUUUGCAUUAAGUAUGUUGUGCUCUUCAAUUUCAAAGCAUAAACUUUACAGCAACAGAAUGUUGCUGGAGCUAUUGGUCACCAGUCACAUUUUGAAUUCAGACAAUUGCCCUGGCUAACUAAUCUGGUCAGUCUGUACCCGCAAUCCUGAAGCAAGGAAUGAAGAAUUUAUGCUUUUUUCCCCUUUUGCUACCAGCAGCCUACUUCUUGAGAAGCCCCAGCCUACAGGGGAUGAGGACCUAAGAUCCUGUUUGCUUUUAAAUUAUUCUCGGUAAAUGUGGUUACUUAAAUAAAGAAGUUUUGGCUA